AUGCCUUUGGAUACGAUCUACCUGACCCGUCAUGGUCAUCGCCUCAACUGGACCAUCGACAUCCGCACUGGCACCUAUAAGGCCCAGUUCCCUACGCCAACAGGAAACCCCGUAGACCCUGCGCUGACCUCACACGGCGUUCGACAAUCGCACGAAUUGGCAGAACAUAUUGCUGCUCCUCAAUUCCAUCCCAAGCCAUUUCGCGUAUACUCGAGUCCAUUCUACCGCUGUCUACAGACCAUCCAGCCCUCAGUCGAGCAAUUAAAAAGGAUAUCUAUACAGUCCGGAAAUAGUCAGCAGAAUGGCCCAGGAUCGAUUGACAAGCAUGCAGACUUGGAUGUUAGGAUUGAGAAUGGACUAGGAGAAUGGUUCGGCGCAACAAACUUCUUCGACCACCCCGCACACCCAAUUCCCAAAGAAAUGAGCAUCCACUUUCCAACCCUGAUCUCAGAAUCAAGUUUGGAAAAGUACAAACCACUCCUCAUGCCCUCACGACGCGGCGAAACAAUCAGUCAACUGCACAACCGCGUCGCAACUGUCCUACAGGGAAUAAUAACCGACAUCGACGCUGAGAUAACAGCCCUGGAAGCAGAAUUGCCCCUGGACCAGCGAACCAGCAAAUCAGUGUUGAUCUGCGCGCAUGCUGCGCCGCUCAUUGCCAUGGGUCGUGCAUUGACCGGUCGUAUGCCCGACGAUAGCUCUGAAGAGGAUUUCAAUGUUUUCACUGCUGGGUUGAGUACGUUCAACAGGAGGGGGAGUGUGACGCCCAGUGUUAAGGGUGAUUCAUACGGACCAAAUGGUGAGAGUGCUCUUGCCGAGGGAACGAGGUUCCUUCGCGCCUCCGGCGAUAUUCCGGAUUGGAAGGAUGGGAAUGGUGUUGCGGGUGGAUGGGAUUGCGUUGCGAAUGGGGAUUGCAAAUUUUUGAGUACGGGUGCUGAACGUGGCUGGCACUUCAAUGGCGAGGAAUCUUUUGAUACUGGUCCUAUGGCUCCGGCAUCUGAGCCAGCCCCGAGUAAGACUGAUACGAAGUUAUGA